AGUCGAGGAGAUAUACGCCGUCGGGAAUGAUGUCGCGCAAAAUGCCGCUCGCUUGGGUGAUGCUGUACAUGUCGUCAGCGCGUGCAAAGGAACGCUACCGUAAAUACAUGUGAGAAACCCGAGCAAUAUUCCUUCAUUCUUCGUCAGUGCAAAUUACCGACAAUCAGGGAUUAUGUUUUGCCUUGGAUCAGGCCAGGAAAGACCGGAAGCAAAGUGCGGAUACAGUCACAUCCGGGCAUCACGCAUUGGCGGCAUACGUUGGCACAGAACCCACCGGUCUUUGAGAUUCCUGGAUUUCUGACUACAAAAGAGUGUUCCCUGAUUAUCAGCCAGGCCAGAGCGCGGGGUCUCCGCGGGGCGAGGCAGAUGGGGGCCCAGCAGGCCAAGACCAGCGACCAGGCUUCAGGACGGGUAGCGCAGACUGCCUUCGUCAGCGGUGGACGUCAUCUGCUGUUUAUACGGCACAGGAUAUCAGUACUGACCGGAAUCCCCCUCGACCUUGUUCUGGAGAGUGAACCUGUGCAGGUGGUGAUGUACACAGAAGGUGGACACUACCACAGCCACUACGACAGUUCCAGGCAUGUGGGACAGGGGAAGCCAUGCUGUCACCACACCUGGUUCCCUCACACCAAACACCGCUGUGUCCUGUGUACAUAUCUGACGGUGCUGGUGUAUCUGAAUGACGUCGAGGAGGGGGGAGAAACAGCAUUCCCUGUCGCAGACGAGGAUCACGAUUUCAGAAUAUCGAAAGAACACACUAACCUGACGGAAAAUUGUCACCGUGCACCUGUCGCCGUGACCCCGGAGAUGGGCAAGGCGGUCAUGUGGUACAAUCAUUAUAAGGAGGAGAAGACUGGCUGGAUCGGGCCACUGCACAGACGGUCUCUUCAUGGCGGAUGUAAUGUCAGGAAUGGAGAAAAGUGGAUUGCCAAUUUUUGGAUCAAUGCUGCUGACUAUGUGGACAAAGACAGAUAUAGUAUAUACACGGAACGCUGGGAGUAGAACAGAAUAAGAUAUGUUUACUUUUCUUUUGUAAACUACGUUUUCCCCCAAUACGUAAUAUCCCUUGAAAGGGAAUAGAAACCUGUCGGAACAGGGUCAGAUGACUGAACACUGGUUUGCCAAAUUAUACAUGUUUGUGCGUGGGUGUCUUUGUGCAAGUUCACGUGCGGUGGGUGUGUAUGUUUUAUAUCAAAGUAAUGGUUAAGGAUGAAUUCCUUGAAGAAAAUCAUUAUAUCCUGUUGACUAUGUAACGCCACAGAUUGAAAUAUCGCAUCUGUGUAUCGUCUUCUGUGUUGUUUUUGUGGUGGGUAGCAAGGGAGCAGCUUGUUGAAAAGGGCUGUGUACCUUUGCUGCAAGGCUGCAGGAAUCUACUUCUUGAACAGCUAAAAGGCAUUGGCUUUAGGUACGGUCAUCGGUCAGUGAGAAUCUUCUCUAGACUAAUGUAAGCUUGUAGUACCUUGUAGUAGUAUGCCACCUGUUUGUGGUUUCACCAGUGGUAUAACCUGAAUACCGUUAAACGUGGCAUGAACACUCAGGAGUACCCCCUUGAUUAGGAAGUUAAAUUCAGGGAGGUAUUAUUCUAGAAGUAGAUGUGAUUACGCUUUAUUAUCGACCUAGAUUGGUUAUUCUAAAUUUCGGGGAAGACCUCUUUGAUUUAGAAGGUACCAGGAGGCAGCUCUCUUAUUAGAGUUAGUCUUUGAGAAGACUUAAAAGUAGAAACGAUGGGAAGUCUUUGCUAAGACGACCUCCGGACAGGACUCAAGUGGGUUCAAGGGAGAUUACUCCUUAACUGAGACGUAAACUCAAGGGAGGUAAUUUUCGAACUAGACUCCAGGGGGGUUACGAUUUGAUUUUGAAGCAGAUUCCAAGUAAACUACCUGGCAAAAGAAAGACUUCCCUUACCAAGAAAUAGAAACAAAGACGUUUGUAAGAUUUAUGAUAAUUAAUGUACAAACAGAAAUCAUUUUCCAUGUUCGCCCUGUCUCCUUGCACUUGCGUAAGCCUUUGCAUAUUCGUGGUGUUUUAUUUCUUAGUUACUGCAUACUUGCUUUGUACAACAUCGGUGUUUAUGCCGCAAUCAAUCAGGUGCAUUUAGACCAAUGUCCCAGAAAUAAGUUUUUCACGUUUUAUAAAAUGCACGACUCGUACGAAAUUUUCGAACAGCUGCGUUGUCAUCGGAACCAUGUUGCGUUUUCUGCUUGGGUUCAAACCUGUACCAGAGCUUUUGUUUUUUAUACAACUUCUUUAAAA